AUUAGGUUUUCCUACUUUAUAAUAUAUAGUUUUUAAUGUCUGUAAACAUUAGAUAACAAAUUAUAAUAAUAGUGAAGAUUUUCAAAUGGCAUCAAAUUUGUUAGUUAUGACAACACGUGUUGUUAAUAACCUUAGAAAUAUAAAUCAUCUUGGAUUAUACAAACACUUGUCCACAAGUAAUUUGCGAUGUACUCUUAAUGCUGAGGAAAAUGCAAAAUUAAAAGAACCUGAGAAGAAAGACCCUAAAAUGGUUUUAAAAGAUCCACAAGAAUUACAACAGCAAGAAGCUCUACAUGGUUAUAUUACAAUUACUACAGAGGAGAAUGUUGGUAUUGUUUCUGGAGUACCUGAAGAACAUAUAAAGGGUCGGACAGUUCGUAUUUAUCAACCAGCUAAAAACGCUAUGCAGUCUGGUACAAAUAAUAUCAAUUUUUGGCAAAUUGAAUUUGAUACUCGCGAAAGAUGGGAAAAUAAUUUAAUGGGAUGGACCUCAACGGGAGAUCCAAUGUCUAAUAUUAAAGUUAAUUUUGAUACGAAAGAUGAAGCAAUACAACAUUGUAAAAAAAUGGGUUGGCAAUAUUCUGUACAAAAACCACCUGAAGGUCAACCUAAGCAACGUUCAUAUGGUACAAAUUUUUCUUGGGAUAAAAGAACUAGAGUAACUACUAAAUAAUUUGUACAAAAAGCUUAAAUGUAGAAUGAUUUGUGUAUAAUCUUGUAAAAAUUUAAAUAAAGUUUUGCGCGUGUCAUACCAUG